AUGCAUUCUCGAUUCAUCCAGAUCUUUGCCACCAUCACAGCUGUCACAGCCGUCAGCUUCGAAUGGGACUGCACCAACUCCCUAGGGACGUGCAACAAUGCCUGCUUCGCUGUCAAUCAUGGCUUAGCCCCUGGUGUCUUGACCUAUGACUCUAACACUAACAACCGCAACCCUCGCCGCACAGCAUCCGGGUGCAACAGAACACCUUGUAGCAACACCGGCUACAGCCAAUAUGGCAACUCAUGCGACGAGUUUCCAUUUGCGAGCGUCCAGGAAGGCGGCGCUAAUGCCAUUCUCCGUUGCGUGGAUAGCACGGAGAAUUCCAGCGAGGGUGGCCAGCUAGGCAACUUCUACAAGACAAUUAACAACGGCCAACAGUUCGACAUUUUCGUCAAGAAUUACGGCGGGGCAGCUUUCUGUCAGAAUGCUGCGAUGAACAACGAUGGGAGCGAGUUCAGACUCGUCAACGGUAACUUCCAGAACGCGAAGCGUCGCCGUGGCGUUGAUGAUGUCGGCGUGUUCGUUGAUGCUCAGAUCCGCGGCACACCAUUGAAAUUAUACGAGUUCGAAGACCAAAAUGGCGAGAAGCUGCUCUCUCUCAACCCUAACAUCAAGGCAGAAGAUGUUGUCGGAACCCAGAUCUGGAACGGCAGAAAUAUGACCACCAUCGUCAAAGUGAUCUAG